AUGGACAACACUUCACAGGUCAACGGCCUCAAUGACACAACCGGCAACUGCACUGACUACUACAGAAACAACUUUGACUCCAGCAACUUUUUUUGUUUUGUUUCUUUCUCUGGCUUACCCAGUUCUGGUGAAGUUGCGAUCAUCCAGUUUGUGGAGACAUGCCUUCUCAUUUGUCUCGGCCUUCCUUUGACCCUCUGGGCCAUCUAUGGUCUUUUCUCUCAGAUGAAUGGUGAAGUUGCUCCGAUCUACGUCAUCAACCUUCUCAUCUCUGACCUCAUUCAGUACUCCUGCUUGAUCGUUGAGGUGGCACAGCUUAAGAACAUCAAUCCUGUGUACAACAAGAUAUUUACUGUCUUCAACUAUAUUUACCACUACGGUCUGGAGGUCAGUGUGUGCUUCAUGGUGGUCAUCGCUCUGGAAAGGUAUUUGGUCAUCGUCCACCCACUGUGGUACCGCUUCAGACGAACCAUCAAGACCUCUGUGCUGAUCUGUGUCCUGGUCUGGAUCCCCCCUGUUGUCAUCUCCCUCAUUCAGUAUUUUUAUCCAAAUAACAUUGCCGUCGCUGUCCUUCCCAGCAUCUUUUACAUCCUUCCUCUCCCACUGCUCAUAUUCUUCCUGACUGCGACCCUCAGAGCCCUGUAUGCUACCAUCUCGGUCCCCACUGAUGAAAAAACACGAAUUGCAGGAAUGUUGAUCCUGGUGCUGCUGAUUUACACACUGCUGUUCCUGCCCGCCAUUGUUAUGUAUGUGAUCAGGUACGAUUCUAUUUACAACCCAACCCAGUACAUGAACCCACAUCUUACUCUGCUGUCUAAACUGACUCCUUUGUCUCUAAAGUUGAGUCCUCUGGCAGACUUAGUUCUGUAUAUGUUAAUGAGGAAAGGAACCAUACGCCAGCUUUCAGCCUGUGUGUGUCGCUGGAAAACAUGCAGCAAUAAAAUCAGCACUGUAACUGUGAACAUGUCUGCAAUGAGAGAUGAGAAAAGUUCACCGGGGAAAAGAAGAAGGGAACUGAAGGGAGGAGACCAUGAGGGUGACCUUGGGCAGCUGUUUUCUGUCUUGGAGGGGAAAAAAUAG